AAUUAUUAUUUGAUGACUGCUGAAGAAUCAGUUCAUUCUGAUACUGAUACUGAUAUAAAGUUUGGUCAGACCUAAAUCGAAAUAAUCACUUGCUUCUCCUGUAUUAAGUGGUUUUAACAAGCUUUUACUCCAGUACCUAUCUAUUUUGGUCAGCAUCAGCAUCAGCAGCCGAGAUCCUAAAACACUGUCUGAUCUGAAGCUAGUCUAUUGAGAACAGCCUAAUCAUGGGAUUUGUUUUGUUUUUUUGGCUUUAUAAACCUAAAUCGCAUUUAACCCUAGAGCAGCCAAUCCUGCGUUGUCUUGAUUCAGGACCUUUUUCCUUUUAUUUCAUUUUUUUCUAUGAAUAUUUUUAGCACAUUACACUAAACGCUGAGUUGAAAUACGCAUUGAUAAAUAAAUAAAUAAAAAAAAGUUAAAAGUUGUUGAAAACGUCUCACAGAAGUCCUCAAAGGAAUGCAAAGGAGUCUCUGUGAGACGGAACAUUUUAGCGCAUGAUUUCAAAGUGUGAAUGAUAUGAUUGUUUGGAUUGUGGCUGGAGCAGAUGAGACAAAGCUUUCAUUUUUUUUUCUUCUGUCUUUGACGCUGGUUGCGUUCUUAGCAAAGCAUGCAUCUGAUUGGCUGGCUUUGAGCUGUCAUCUCCAUGGCAACCUCUGCUGAAUGAUGUGCUGUGCAAAGGUGUGUGGUUGGAGACGCUUCCUGUGCCUCACUAUUGUUCUGAAUCUGCUGCUCACUUCACGAACAGUUCACGGCAGUUUAUUAUCUCCCACGCCAUGUGAGAUGUCUUUAAGCUGUUGUUUUAAAAUACCACACAUGCAAUACUGAGAGAUGCAUGUUAAAUCACUGAUGAUCACCCAUGCCCCGAGGAAGGUAAUCAAAUCAGAGACAAGAUACUAUACUGAUGACAAUGUGCGGUCUGAAGUCUAUUAAAGUCCAUUCUGCUGAAACCACAGUGAUCAUGGCGUGCACUUCUGCUAAAAACUUCUACUUUCUGAUCAAUACCUAUUUCUGAACAAACAACAAUGUGUUCUUUUACGGUUAAGUCCUCUGAGCGGGUUUCAGGUUCAGUUCAAGUAAAUCUCUGUCGAUAGCAUCUGUCAGUCACCGCAGAAAACCAUCAGGGCCCAUCGCAGUUCAGAAGGACAAGCUAAACUGCAAAACAACGGAGGAAAAUGUGAACGUCAAGGCCAUCCGGGCCAGAUUUCACGUUCCGGUUGAAAUGCCAACUUCCGGAGGUGGAUCCUCCGUCAAACCUCAUACGGUUGGUGCGCUGCCGGAGUCUCUAACCAAUGGAGCGCUCAGAAACAAGAUCUCAGCAGUGCCUCCGAGACCAGUCUUUCCUCUCAACGCUCAAAGUGAACCAGAGAUGUUUCCUUCGGGUCCUCAUGGAGUGUUCCCCAGACCUCCUCCUUCUCAUCGUUUGGGAGCCCAGGGGAGUCCUAAGAUGCCCCCUCCGGAGGUCAAUGUGCCGAGCAAAGUCAAGCAGACGGGAGAACUUCUUCAGCGCAAGAUGCUUCAGCAGCACGCCGACCUGAAAGUGUCUUCAGCUUUUAAGCCACCGCUGCCGAGCCAGAGGAGCGUGUCGGAGGUAGUACCGCUAAGAAAGCCGCUUCCCAACGUCGGGCCGCGACCCUCCAAACCAAAACGCCCUCCGUCUGUAAACCUGGACCAUUUCCGGAAAAAAGCCCCUGUGGUUCUUCCCAAAAAAACCAUAGAGCUACAGAGUUCUAAAGGACCAGCACGGCCUCCAUUCAAACCCAGCCAGAAGGCAUCCUCCUUCUCAGAAUUAAACUCGGACCCCCAGGAGGACUAUGAUGACAUCAGCCCACUCCCACCCCCUCCCCCCACCCCUCCCAGGCCCAGAGGUAAAGCGUACCUCGCUUCUCACGUUGCAGAACCGUGGACGGACAAUUUCUCUUCUCAGCAGGAGGACAGCGACCAAGAAAUCUACGAAGACCCAGAUAUGCCUCUUCCAGUUGAGAGGAAAGUAUUGAAAGAGACUAAGAAGACAGAGCUGGACAAGAAAGAACUGAAGGAAAGGCAGAAGUUGGAAAACGAGUAUAGAAAAAAAUUUAAGCUGAAUGGACCUAUUGAGGUGAUCCACAUGGCCCGUGUGAGAGAGGACUGGCAGGGGGGGAAGAAUGACCUGACGGUGCGACAGGGAGAGAGCGUGGAGAUCAUCCGUGUGAGCAACAACCCGGAGGGGAAAUGGCUGGCACGAAACCUGAGGGGCGGCAUGGGCUACAUCAGUAACUCCUGUGUGGAUGUGGAUUAUGAAGAAGUGAAGCGGAAGCUCCGUGGUCAGUCCAUGCCCUCCUCUAACCCUUCUGCGGGACGCCCCGUAAACCCAGAGGUAUAUGAUGACAUCGGCUCCAGCGAGCAGCUGGACAGCAGUUUUCACAGUGAUGAUGUAUAUGAUGACGUGGACCAUGAUGAGCUUCCUCCUCCUCCCCCAGAGAUCAGCCCCGAUCCGAUAAAGUCCAAGCAGCGAGAGAGAGAUGAGAAAGAGUUUCGAAAAAGGUUUAAGUUUGAAGGGCCCAUCCGAGUUCUGUACACCAUGAUGGUGGACCCUAAUGCCAAUCUGAAGAAGGCUGGGAGCAAGUACCUGGAUGUGGUCCGUGGAGAGAUUCUGGAUGUUAUACAGGAGACCAGCAAGAAGCAUGUGCUGUGCUGUAAUAAACUGGGCAAAUAUGGAUAUGUACCUGUUAAUUACCUUUUGCAAGAGGAGAAUGAGGUUUAUGAUGACAUUGAUACUGCUUCAGAUAUAUACGACAAUGACGACAGCUGACCUGCUUGGAGAUGAUGGCUAUCAUCCAUGUAAAACUGUUUUAACCUGAGAAAGUAAAAAAAAAAAAAAGACUGAACACCGAGUUUUUCUUACAACAAAUGAAAGAAA